AUGGACAGCACUGGAUGGACUACGUUUGCAACCAGAAACCUCGCGGUCCCGUUGCUGCUGCUGAUAGCGGCGGCGUCGGCGGUGGCGCCCGUGGCAGCAGCGCCGCCGAACCCAACGAGAUCCCGAGCGCAAUGGCCGCCGCCAAUGCGGACCGGAGAAGUGGCACCGGCGGCGCCGCCGAAGCUGCUCCAGCGCGACUGCCCCGAGUACACAUCGUGGGCGGUUGACCGGAGCCACAAGCCGCUGUCCAAGGGGCGCAACAUGCUCCCGAUGCAGCGGCCCGAGCCGGACUGUAGGAUGUUUGUGGUCGAAGAGGUGGAGGAGACCAUCAACGAGAUGAGGCGGGCGAUCGCGGAUCCGGACCUGUUUCGGCUGUUUGAGAACUGCUUCCCCAACACGCUCGACACGGCGGUCAAGUGGCAUGGGUUGGCCGCCCAGACGAAGGACGAAGAGCUUACAUUCAUAGUCACCGGUGACAUUGACGCCAUGUGGUUGAGAGACAGCGCAAACCAGCUCCAGAGCUACAAAUCCUUGUUGAGAGCAAACCCUUCCAGGGGCUCUUUGGCAUCGCUCUUCCGCGGGGCCAUCAACAUGCAAGCCCGCUUCAUCGAGAGGUCGCCGCACUGCAACGCUUUCCGAGCGCCGCCUGAGUCUGGCACCAGCUCCAACAUGCCUGUCUCGUCAGAUUAUGUGUGGCCGACACCUGAUAGGGAAGUAGUGUUUGAGUGCAAAUGGGAGCUAGACAGCUUAGCUGCAUUUUUGCAGUUGUCGCACGAAUACUACGAAGGCACCGGAGACUUGUCCUUCUUUGGAAAGCACGGCUGGGUUAAUGCGGUUGAGGCCAUCAUGAACACCACGACGAGGCUCCAGGCAGGCACGUACGCCGAGGACGGGCUACCUAACGUUUCGCCCUAUCGCUUCCAGCGGCAGACAUCUACAGCGAGUGAGACGCUCAGCAACUCGGGCGAUGGCAACCCUGUCGUGGGUGGCACGGGCCUGGUACGGAGCGCCUUUCGGCCGUCGGACGACGCAACCAUCUACCAGCUCCUCGUGCCGGCCAACAUGAUGUUCUCGAGGUACCUCGCGUCGUGUGCUGAGAUUAUGGCCAGGCUGGCGAGCGACGACACACCUGACGACGUCCACAGUCGCUUUCGACGCGGCCUGGCCCGCGACAUGUCUGCCUUAGCCAAGCAUGUCCGUCGCGGCAUCGAGCGGCAUGCUAAGGUGAGGCAUGAUGUCUACGGAGAGAUGUACGCUUAUGAGAUUGACGGGUCUGGGUCGCACAACCUCAUGGAUGAUGCCAAUCUCCCGUCUCUCUUGAGCUCUGCCAUUAUGGGCUUUGUGUCGAAAGAUGAUCCGACUUAUUUGAACACUCGAAAGUUCAUCUUUAGCAAGGAAAACCCUUAUUUCAUGCAUGGUCCGGUUCUCAACGGUACCGGUGGUCCUCACAUAGGCCCGGGCAUGGCAUGGCCCAUGUCGCUCAUUGUACGAAUCAUAACCACGGACGACGACGACGAGAUUAUCGCGACGCUGAGGCAACUGGUUGAAUCGACGGAUGGCCUGGGGCUCAUGCAUGAGUCUAUCAAUACCUUUAGCGCAACCAUGUAUACUCGCCCUUGGUUCUCAUGGGCCAACGGUCUGUUUGGCCAGAUGAUGUUGGACUUGAAGAAUCGUAAACCGCACAUUCUGCAAACGGUUUACUUUCAAUGA